AUGAAUUUAACUCAUCGUGUCAGUUUAAUUAUUGCUUCCACCAUAGUUCAGAAGAAGGGAGAUCCAGGGGCGUUUACCAUUCCAUGUAAUAUUGGGCUUGAUGCAUUCGCCCGUGCUCUGUGUGAUAAUGGGGAAAGUAUCAACUUGAUACCUCUUGCUAUUUUUAAACAAUCUGGAUUGGGGACGCCGAGACCAAUUUCUAUGCGAUUACAAAUGGCGGACAGAUCUAUCAAGAAACUAGUUGGGCUUAUAGAUGAUGUGUUGGUACAAGUAGGCAAGUUCAUGUUACCUGCUGAUUUCGUGAUUUUGGAUUGUGUGGUUGAUAGAGAUAUUCCCAUCAUCUUGGGAAGACCUUUCCUUGCUACGGGCAGAGUUCUUAUGGACUCUGAAAAGAAUGAAAUUAAGUUCCGAGUGAAUGAUGAAGAAGUGACUUUCCAAGCAAGCAAACGGACGAAGUUGCUAAGCGCUUACGAGAGUAUCUCAGUUAUUGAUUCGUUUGAUGGGAUUGAUGAUGCUGUUGAACAUAAAAUGGAAGAAGAAUGUCUAGGAAAAUCUCUUGCUGCAGCUCUGAUGAACUUUGAUUCUUAUGAUAUGAAGGGCUACGUGGAAACUAUAAAUGCACUUGAGGGUCUGGGUUCCUACACUUACCACCCAAGAAAGCUUGAUCUUGACCUUGCAAAUAGAACUACUCCACCAGCCAAGACUUCUAUUGUUCGGCCACCAAAGCUUGAGCUUAAGCAACUCCCAUCAUAUUUGAGGUAUGAGUUCCUUGGUCUGAACAAGACAUUGCCAGUGAUCAUUUCAGCAUUACUGACUGAGGAAUAG